AACAGCCUCUGAGUCCCUGCUGCAGAGGAGGAGACGCAGUUUUCUCCUCAUCUGUCUCUUUCUGUUUCUGUGGAGGAAUAAAAACUUUUCAGCCUAGCAGAGGAGGAGGAGGAAGAGGAGGAAGAGGAGAAGAAGAAGAAGGAGGAGGAGGAACCACUAAACCGAUGAUUAUCUGCCGGUUUGGUGUUGGUGCAGGGGCUUGAGGUCGGAUCUUGUUGUCGUGUAAAUGGCUGCGGGGGGCCCCGGUGGAGUAAACUAACAGGAUGUCGCAGUUUCUGAAGGCAUAAAGGAGAUUUACUGCUUCAUUUUUCUACUUUUUAACAUUUAUUUAAAAAAAACAAAACCUCCUACCCUGACAGGAGAGGCAGCAGAGCGGCUGCAGCUCCAGGUGGAUCCCGCUGUUGGCUUGUUCCUCCAGCUUCGUCUCUAGCCGCCAUCAUUCCGUGCUGUAAGGCCGACCCCAACAUGUCUUCCAAUGGAGACCUCACCGACCUGGGGAGCUCUGACAGCUUCUGGGAGCCGGGAAACUACAAGAGGACGGUGAAGCGGAUAGACGACGGCCACCGGCUGUGUAACGAGGUGGUCAGCUGUUUCCAGGAGAGAGCGAAGAUAGAGAAGAGCUACGCUUUGCAGCUGAGCGACUGGGCCAAGAGGUGGAGAGGCGUCGUAGAGAAAGGGCCUCAGUACGGUACGCUGGAGAAGGCGUGGCACGCUUUCAUGCAGGCGGCCGAUCGACUCAGCGAGCUGCAUCAGGAGCUUCGGGAGCGGCUGGCGGGCGAAGACAGCGAGAAAAUGCGCAACUGGCAGAAAGACGCCUUUCACAAGCAGAUGAUGGGAGGCUUCAGGGAGACCAAGGACGCCGACGACGGCUUCCGCAAAGCCCAGAAACCCUGGGUCCGCAAACUGAAAGAGUUGGAGUCCAGUAAGAAGGGCUACCAUCAGGCCAGGAAGGAGGAGUGGACGGCCGUUACCAGGGAAACGCACGCCAAGACCGACCCAACCAAGUCUCAAGAGGAAGUCCGCAAGUACACUGUCCGGGUGGAGCGCUGCAGCCAGGAGGCCGAAAAAGCGAAGGAUCGUUACGAAAAAGCCCUGGAGGAGCUGAACCGCUGUAACCCUCGAUACAUGGAGGACAUGGAGCAGGUGUUCGACCUCACCCAGGAGGCCGAGCGCAACAGGCUGCGCUUCUUCAAGGAAGUCCUGCUAGACAUCCACACACACCUCGACCUGUCCAGCAAAGAAGGGUUUAAAGACUUGUACCGAGACCUGGGUCAGACCAUCCGAGCAGCCAAUGACACGGAAGAUCUCAGAUGGUGGAGGAACACCCACGGACCGGGCAUGAGCAUGAACUGGCCACAGUUUGAGGAAUGGUCUCCGGAAGCGAAUCGCUCCAUCAGCAGGAAGAUGCGAGGCGGACGCUCCGAGGAGAACGUGGUCACCCUCACCAACAUCGUCUCCUCGGGUGGAGAUGACAUCCCACCCAGCCCCAUCACCCAGGACAGCAGGAUGAAAAGCUAUUCGUCAGAGUGGUCCGACGAGGAAAGCCCUAAGAAGGUUCUGGGCGUGAACGGCGUCGGGGAGACGGAGGCGGAGGACGAGGAGGAGCAGGUAGAGGGGGUGCCAGUUCGAGCGCUGUAUGAUUACUCGGGCCAGGAGGCCGAUGAGCUCAGCUUUAAAGCAGGAGAAGAGCUGCUGAAGCUUGGCGAGGAGGACGAGCAGGGCUGGUGUAAAGGACAGCUGAGCAGCGGCCAGGUCGGACUCUACCCCGCCAACUACGUCCAGCUCGUCUCCUCCUGAUGACCCGCCGCUCCUCUCUCUGGUCACCAUGCCAACGGUACAACCACACUCAAGAUGCCAGGACCAAUCAGAAGCUCUUAGCGCUGACAUGUAGACACGCCCUCGGUUUUGGGGUUAAAGACUGUAAAACUCGUCACUGAGUUUGUUUUCUGUUUUGUUUUUUUUGUUCUUUCUUUUUGAGCUACUUGAAAAACACUCUGGUUUAAAAAGAAGCUUUACAGGCGAAGAUAAAACUCUGCCGACAUGAACAGAAAGCAGACUGUACAGAAACACGGACGGAUUUUACUGUGACGUCAUCCAUCGUUAUCGAACUCUGGACUGAUUGACGUUAAUUUUUUUGGUUUUUGGUGACGAGAGUAAAAAACAAUCCACGUUUCAUCAAAGGAGGAGGACGAGCUCAGAGGGAGCUGAGGAGAAAAAACACCACGGCCGGCUGUGAUUGGCCGAAACACCUGUCAGUCAAUUAAAUAGACUCCAAGAUAAUAGUGUGACUUUUUCUGAAAAUACUCUUAUUGCUCCUCCUCCCCCUCUUCCUCCUUCAUCUUCACCUCCUCCUCCUCCCCCUCUUACUCUUUCAUCUACACCUCCUCGUCCUCCCCCUCUUCUUCUUUCAUCUUCACCGCCUCCUCCUCCUUCACAUCCUCCUAUUCCUUUUCCACCUCUUCCUCUUCCUCCUUUUUUAACUCCCCCUCCUUCACAUUCGUCUCCUCCUCCCCACCCUAUUCUUCCUCAUUCUUCGCCUCCUCCUCCUCCUCCUUCAUCACCUUCUCUUCCUUCACAUCCUUCUCCUUCAUCUCCUCCUCCUCCCCGUCUUCUUUUACCUUCACCUCCUCUUCCGCCUCUUCCCCUCUUCCUCUUUGACAUCCUUCUCUUCCUUCAACUUCACCUCCUCCCUAACCUCCUCCUUCACAUCCUCCUCCUCCUUUGUCUCCUCCCUCCCUUCCUCCCCUUCUUCCUCCUUAACCUUCUCCCCCUCCUCUUCUUCCGCCACCAUUUCCUACAUUUCGAGUAGAUUCCAUAACAUCUUAAAUUAUCAGCAACCUUCACCUCCCCCUUCUCCUCCAUCACCUCCUCCUCCUUCUCUUCCUCCUCCUCUUCCUUCACCUUCACCUCCUCCUGCACGUCC